ACCACCAGCACCACCACCACCACCACCACCGGCCACCGGAAAGCCUCUGACAAGGUGUUGAAGAAAAAUGUCUGCAGUUGCUACGGAGCUACUCUUCCACCACCGCGUCCACCGGAUUUCUCCCAAAUUAAUCCCCAAAUUCCACUUGAUUUCGAGAAAGUCUCCGACGUUUAACCUUAUCUGCGAUACCACCACCACCGACCGCCGCUUCGUCGGUACUGGCCUCUGCUCCCGCUACUAUAAGCCUCUCAAGGCUGUCAGCUCCGCCGGCGCUGCCGUGCUUGAAACCUCGGAGUCUUCGACCAUCACAUUCAGCGAAACUUUUCAAUUGGAACGAGUGGAGAAGGUGGAAGGAAAAAUAACAAUCAAAUUGGACAAGGGGGAAACUGAAGAGUGUUGGCAGCUAAUUGUGGGAUGUAGUAUACCUGGAAAGUGGAUUCUUCACUGGGGAGUUAAUUACGUUAGCGAUGUCGGCAGUGAAUGGGAUCAACCUCCUCUGGAUAUGAGGCCUCCAGGUUCUAUUCCCGUUAAGGAUUAUGCAAUUGAGACUCCCUUAGAAAGCAAAUCUGAAUUGGCAGAAGGGGAAGCAUUUUCUGAAGUUGCGAUCGUAUUCGAUACAAAGAGUUCAAUUGCAUCUAUAAAUUUUGUAUUAAAGGACGAGGAAACCGGGCGUUGGUAUCAGCACAGAGGAAGAGAUUUCAAAGUGCCUCUUAUUGAACACCCCCAAAUCGAUGUCAAAGCCGGAGAAGGUGACGUGGCACAGCUAACCACCGUACUUGUUAAGCCCGAAGCAGCUGAAUCUAAAGGGGAUGAUAUUGGGGGGGUUCGUUUGCAAAGGGGACCUCUUCAAAGUUUUUAUGAAGAAUUCUCGGUUGUUAAAGAAACUGUUAACUCUAACUCUAUAUCUGUGUCUGUUAAGCACACUGAGGAGAAAGACAAAUGUGUUUUGUAUAUAGAAACUGAUUUACCAGGAGAUGUAGUUGUUCACUGGGGUGUUUGCAGAGAUGAAAGUAAAAAAUGGGAAAUCCCGGUCGAACCUUAUCCACCUGGAACAAUUGUGUUCAAGAACAAGGCAUUGAGGACUCUUCUACAGCGAAAAAAUGACGGAGAUGGAUCUGGUGGGUCAUUUACGUUGGGUGAAGGGCUUUUGGGAUUUGUUUUUGUGCUGAAGCUGAACGAGAAUGCAUGGUUAAACUGCAAAGGAAGCGAUUUUUACAUACCCUUACCAAGAACAGUGGUCCCAGACAAGCUUUCUGUCUCCCCAUUGAUUUCCGAAAAUGCUUCCGAAUCAAAUCAAACAUCUUCCACAUACACAGACGGAAUCAUAAGCGAGAUAAGGAGUUUAGUGACUGAUAUUUCCUCCGAAAAGACUCGACAGACAAAAAACAAAAAAGUACGUGAGAGCAUUCUCCAAGAAAUCGAGAAGCUCGCAGCAGAAGCAUACAGUAUUUUUAGAAGUUCUAUACCAACAGUUCCGAAAAUUGAUCUAGCGGAAGAUGAGGUUUUGGAACCCCCUGUAAAAGUAUGUUCAGGAACUGGUUCAGGAAAUGAAAUCGUAUGUCAGGGGUUUAAUUGGGAGUCUCAUAAAUCGGGAAAUUGGUAUAUAGAGCUCCAAGAGAAAGCAUCAAAAUUAUCUGAACUCGGUUUCACUGUGAUCUGGUUACCUCCACCAACUGACUCCGUGUCGCCCGAAGGUUACAUGCCGAGCGAUUUGUAUAACUUAAACUCAAGGUAUGGAAGCAUUGAUCAGUUAAAGGUGCUUGUGAAGAAACUGCAUGAAGUAGGUAUAAUGGUUCUUGGAGAUGCUGUCUUAAAUCACCGAUGCGCGCAGUUUCAGAAUCAAAAUGGUGUGUGGAACAUCUUCGGUGGUCGUUUGAACUGGGAUGACCGUGCAAUUGUUGCAGACGAUCCGCAUUUCCAGGGAAGGGGAAAUAAGAGCAGCGGAGAUAACUUCCAUGCAGCUCCAAAUAUUGAUCACUCUCAAGAAUUCGUGAGAAAGGAUAUCAGAGAAUGGAUGAACUGGCUGAGGGAAGAGAUUGGUUAUGAUGGAUGGAGGCUCGAUUUUGUACGAGGGUUUUGGGGUGGAUACGUAAAAGACUACAUGGAAUCAACCGAGCCUUACUUUGCUGUGGGCGAGUAUUGGGAUUCUCUAAGCUACACAUACGGUGAAAUGGAUCACAACCAAGAUGCUCACAGGCAGAGAAUUGUCGAUUGGAUUAAUGCUACCAAUGGAACUGCAGGUGCAUUUGAUGUCACCACCAAAGGAAUUCUUCACUCUACACUCGAAAGAUGCGAAUAUUGGCGAUUAUCGGAUGGGGAAGGAAAACCUCCGGGUGUAAUGGGAUGGUGGCCUUCGAGAGCUGUUACUUUUAUUGAGAAUCACGAUACUGGUUCGACUCAGGGUCAUUGGAGAUUCCCAUCUGGAAAAGAAAUGCAAGGCUAUGCCUAUCUUCUAACUCACCCUGGAACACCAUCAGUUUUUUACGAUCACAUCUUUUCCGAUUACCAAAACGAAAUAUCAGCACUCAUCUCUGUCAGAAAACGGAACACAAUCAACUGCCGCAGCAGAGUUACGAUAAUCAAGGCGGAGAGAGAUGUGUAUGCAGCAAUUGUUGACGAAAAAUUGAUUAUGAAAAUUGGACCCGGUCACUAUGAGCCCACAACGGGUGCGGAAAAUUGGUCUGUAGCGGUUGAAGGCAGAGAUUACAAGGUCUGGGAGUUAACACGAAAAUAGACAGAAUUUUAUCGAAGAAUUAUUCCAUCAAGAGACGAAAGAAUCAUUUCUCACAAAUUUAUCGGAUGUCCGAUCCUCGAUUUUGUUGCUUCGUUAUCUAUCCUCGGGCUCUUACAUAUUUAUCCCAAUCUACGAGAGUUGUAAUCACUGGAUGGGAUUAGCCUGUAAGCAACUUGUAUGUAUCAUUUUGUAAGUGAGAGUUGUAAUAAGUGUUGUAUAAGCUGCUAAAUGUACCUUCCAGAACCAGACGUAAUAUAUUUUAUGAGACGUGUCAUUAAAAGAAACUCGUUUUGAUGCUAA